AUGGCUGUGCAGGACGACGUGCCAUGGGUGCGCUUGCAUACCCAUAUUGUAAUUGAUGCGUCUGAUUGCCCCUUACCAGGAAGCACAGCAGCUUCAUUAAUGGCGGUGGUCGGAUGGAUGAUGUUGUAUUUCUGGUACGCAUUUUUCAACAGUUUUGACCUGGCCAGACCGUUUCCGUUUGACGUUCGAAUGGUGAACUGCUUGAACCCGGAUAUCGCCAUGGCAUACGGUAUUCCUGAUUUACGACGGUCUACGGUGGGGAACGAUUUUACUCCGCCCACACCGGAUCAAAGGCUCACGGUUGGACACUGCUUUAUUAUGUUGAUCGUUGACGGAUUACUACUAAUGAUUAUCACCUGGUACGUCGAAGCCGUCUAUCCCGGCGGAGAAGGUGUGCCUCAGAAACCGUGGUUUUUCCUGCUGGCGACGAUCAAUGUGGUUGGACUAUCGAAGACCUACGGCACUUCAAUUUUCAAGAAGCUUUUCGAUUGCCAGUUUGGAAAACUGAGCGAGAAGAAAGCUGUCGAUGAUCUUAAUCUGAAAAUGUACCAUGGGUCAGAUCACAGCCUUACUAGGACACAAUGGAGCCGGAAAAAGCACGACAUUCAGUAUGCUGACAGAACAAGUUUACCACAGGUCCGAAAACAAACCGGAUUGUGCCCACAGUACAAUAUCCUUUUCAAUUCGUUGACAGUCAUGGAGCACCUGGAGUUCUUCUGCAAGCUGAAGGGCCGAGAGUACUUCGAGAAAGGAAGCCAUCGACAUCCUCACGCGGCUAAGAAUUGA